AUGGCCUUGACAGCGGCACAGGCGGAGGCGCAGAUGCAGGAAGUGUUUGGAGCAGUCAGCACCGGGGGGAAGCGAAUGCAGACACCGCCACCGGAAGAGGAAGAUGGCAGGAAGCCGCACCGGCCCAACGGAAAAGGGGGACAAGGCAAGGGAUGGAUGGGCAAAGGCAGAAAGUCCCAGGCCAGCCGAGGGACAUACGCGCGAUCCUACGAGACAGAGGAGGCCAGCAUGGAGGAGAUGAUGAGAUCAGGGCCAGUGUACCAGAAGUGGUCGCCUGCCAAUCAGACCCUCGAACAGGACGCGACCAGAGCUCCGCUGCAGACCUCUGUCCUGAUGAAGAUUGCGGAAGACCUGAAGGCCCUGACCACAUCGGAGAUCGUGACGGCCUUUCAUUCCAAACGGCCCUUGACACCCAACAUGCAAGGGGCAAUGGUGGUGCUGCAACUGGAUGUCAACUUCCGAAAGCCAGAGGCGAAUCAGUUCUACGAGAAAUUGGAGAUGCUCACGGGCCAGGCGGCUCUGCAGCUGGGAGGAUUACAGAUUCGCAAGGAGGGCUACAAGAGAUCCGCUGCCGUAACGAAGCUGGCAGAGCUCACGCGGUGA